AUGCAACCUAUUUGCUACAUGAACUGCACCCGAUGUGUGCCCAGAGACAAAGCUAUAAAGAAGUUCAUCAUUCGGAACAUAGCGGAGGCCACAACUGUGAGGGACAUUUCUGAAGCAAGUGUCUUCGAUGCCUAUGUGCUUCCCAAGCUCUAUGUGAAGCUACAUUACUGUGAGAGUUGUGCUAUUCACAGCGAGGUAAUCAGGAGUCAUUCUCGGGAAGCCCACAUGGACCCACCACCUCCACCCCAAUUUAGACCUGUGGGUGCUGCCCCAUGA